AUGCGGAGCCCCGGACCCUCGCCCCCUGGGAACCCUGGGAAGAGAUGUGCCACCUGCAGCUGCGACUGCAGGGAGCGAGCCAAGAGAGCGCGCCGAGACCCAGGAUCAGGGGUCCUGGAGAGCGGUCGCAAGGAUCAGGGAUUUGGGCAGUGGUCCAGGAGACGUCACUUUGGAUGCGUCCCGUGCCCCGCAGGAAGGGGACACCUGGGAUCCCCAGGUCUCGGAGGAGGGGCUCUGGGGAGCGUGGAUCCCAGUGACGCCCAUCACGAUGCGAGAGGACCUGAAAGAAGGACGUUGGUCAGGGGAGAUCCGGGCUGGUCCCCCAGGUCCCACUUUUCGAACUUCGGAUGCGAAGCCUUGGGAAGAGGGCCUCUUGAGAGUGCUUGCGAUGAGUCUCCAAGGUACCUUGACCCAGGAUCAAGAGGAAGGACAAAGGAAACUGGGGGUUCGGGCGUCGGGUUCCUCGACCAUGCUGCUGAAAGCCCCUCGGGACUCCCUGGUCCAGGACCGGGAGGGGAACCCCUGGACUUUGAGGAGUUCGCCCUGGAAGAGGUUCCGGGAAGGGACCAGGAUGUCACUCUCGAAGCCUCCACCUUCAAUUUUAAAACCCACCCCGAGAUAUGGAAAUAUGAACCUGGGCAGCUCGACCUGGGGGAUUUCGUUAAAUCCUGUAGAUCGGGCUUGGGCACUAAGGGCAGGUGCCUGGCGGCGGUGGUCCUCUUCCUGGGGCUGGUCUGCGGCCACUGGGGCACCGGAAAUGCCGACGCCUUCGCCGGGGGCCAGAAGUACAGCACCAGGGUCGUACAGACAAGGUACGGCAUCUUGCGAGGGAUCGUCGCCAGGACCACCACCGUUGAAGCCUACCUUGGGGUGCCCUACGCGACGCCUCCCCUCGGCGCCCUUAGGUACAUGCCUCCUGUCACUCCCACCCCGUGGAAGGGUACCAAGGUCGCCGACGCCCUGCCUCCCGCCUGCCCCCAGAGGACCCCCAACAUCGACGUCACUCUUCCUCGCCGCCGGAGAGCCUACUUGCAGAGAGUUGCUCCUCUGCUGGUUAACCAGAGCGAAGACUGCCUUUACCUCAACCUCUACGUACCUAGACCUCCUCAUGGUAGUUUCCCCGACCUGUUGCCGGCCCUGCUGCUCGUCCACGGGGACUCCUACUCCUGGGGAGCAGGGAAUUCCCUGGAUGGAACGGCCCUGGCAGCCCAUGGUCGUCUGAUCGUCGUUUCCAUCAAUUUCCGCCUCGGGGUUUUGGGCUUCCUGAAGACCGGCUCCAAGGGGAGUGCACAGGGGAAUUACGGACUCAUGGACCUGGUGGCCGGUCUCCAUUGGCUCAGGGAAAACGUCAAGGCCUUCGGCGGAGACCCGGAAAGACUCGCUCUUCUGGGCCAUGGCACCGGCGCGGCGCUCGUCAACUUCCUCGCCGUGUCGCCCAUGUCUAAAGAGCUGGUGGAACGAGUGGUCCUCCUAGGGGGUUCGGCCCUUUCCCCAUGGGCGAUUCAAAGGGACCCCCUGACGGUGAAGAGGAGGGUGGCCGAGCAGACGGGAUGUCCCGCGGACGUCGAGGUGGACGACAUCGCCCCGUGCCUUCGUCUUCGCACCCUGGAGGAGCUCCUCGAGGUCCAGCUGGACCCUCCCCGGUUCACCUCCGGGUUCGCGCCCUUUGUCGACGGUGCGGUCCUGCCGUCCUCGGGCCUCCAGACCUUCCAACCUACUGCCUCUUCCUCGGGAUUGAUGCCGAUCGUGCCUGGUCCUGGAGCGGAAUUCGCCAGCUUCGGGGAUCGAGACCUCCUUAUGGGGUUGACGAGCAGCGAAGCCUGGCUGGACUUCACCGAAGAUGACCUCGAGAACGGUUUGAACGAGACCAGGAGGGACCGCAUCCUGCGCACCUACGUCCGGAAUACGUACAGGUACCAUCUGCACGAGAUCUACUCGACCCUGAGGAACGAGUACACGGACUGGGAGAGAGGCGAGCAGAGUCCUGCGAUCAUCUGCGAGGGGCUCCUCUCGCUGCUAGGGGACGGCCAGGUGGCGGCGCCGCUGCUGAGGUUGGCGUUACUCCACUCUGCCAGCGGGGGCAGGGGGUACUUCCUGCACUUCCAGCCUGGGGAUAGGGCCAGCUUGAGGGGGGAGGAAGUGCCCUACCUCCUGGGGACCCCCCUGCUCCAUGGGGAACCCACGGCCUCGGCGGCGUCCUCUGUCAGCAACUACUCCGUGGAGGACGAGGGACUCUCCAGGUUGCUGGUGCACUACCUGGCCAACUUCGUGCGCAGAGGGGACCCGAACGGAGCAUCACCCCAGAAGUCGCCAGAAAAUCUGCCCUCGAGUCCCCCAUUUUGGGAUUCCUAUGACUCGAUUAAUCAGCUGUACCUUGAGGCAGGUCGGGAGACAGCGAUGCGAUCCCAUUAUCGUGGCCACAAGAUGUCGUUGUGGUUAAACCUGCUGCCGCAGCUGCACCGACCGGGGUACGAGGUGAGCAUGCGCCAUCACCACCUGGUGGAGAGUCCCAGUUUGUACGAGGGGGCGGUUCGCCCCCAGAGCAUGGCCCUUCCCCUGCCGGCACCCCCGUUGCCAGCCCCAUCACCCACGGAGCCAUCUUCCAUGUCGAGCAUGGUGCCAACGACCGAGUGCACUCCGAACGGCACCACCACAACGAUGCCCACGUCUCCCAGGACCCAGCACCCCAAUCUGGGUCCAGGACCGAACAACUUGCUGCGAAAGCUAGCCUCCAGCCACUACCAGAGCUACACCACGGCCCUGACCGUCACCAUCGCCGUUGGGAUCUUUCUGCUGCUGCUCAACAUCCUCAUCUUCGCCAGGAUCUACCACCAGCGAGAUAAGAACGCGGGGGCGGCAGGGUUUGGCGACAAGAAGAAGGAAGAGCUGCUGGAAGCAGGGUGUUCGGGGUUGGAUCCAUCGGCAGGAAAGCAGAGGCUUGCUUUGGGGCUGGUGGACUCGCCUCCUUCGAGUCCUCCUGCCCAUAAGGCCAAGCUGGUGCAGGAGUUGGAGCUGCAGCUGCAGGAGUUCCAGUGUUCACCACCACCUGGGGGUGGGAAGCGUCUUUCGGAGCCCCCGUCUUAUAGCAGGAGUCCUUGUGCCCCCAGGCCACCUUCGCCUUGUAUGGAUGCUACCGCGAAUCAGGAUGACGAUGAUGAAGAUGACGAUGAACUUCCGGAACCGCCGCCUCCGCCCAAGGCCCCAGCUCCUAAUGUUGGCCUGGCGUGUCCUGGGAUCCUGAGACAGCCUGGGACUCCAGGCAGUGCCAAGAAGAGGGUCCAGAUUCAGGAGAUCUCUGUUUAGGAUGCUGAAAAUUUCCGUGGACUUCUCUUUAAGAUCCUUUGAUGGUCCCCUUCAUUCUGGAAUCCGAAGACUUGGUCAGGAUCUCUUCGGAUGGAUUUUGAAAACUAGGACGUGGGGCUCCGGGCAGGGUGGGGCAACGACUGGAACUGCAUCUGCAGAAAUUCUUUUUCUGGAACUGGUUCUUGGUCUUCUGAAACUCUUCGAUCAUAUCGAUUAAGCGAAGAAGGACCGGUGACUGUGGGUUUGGACCAAUAUCGGUGUUGGCGGAGAAAAUAAGUUCAGUUUCGCGAUGUCCUUGCUCAGGACUCUAACACUUAAAUUCCUGGAUGUGUUGUGGCUCACCUAUGACUUUGUCUAGUUGGGAUUUGGAAGAGUUGGACGUCGAGUCUUCGAGUUUAGUGUUGAUGUUUAAGGUCUGUUACAAGUUAAUAAGCGAAUUGAAGUUCUGAUUAACAAUACUCCUUAACAUCAUCCUCAGUGACGCUUUCACACAUUCCCAAAAAAUACUAAUUUCGUCAAAGUUAGUUCCGUUUAGAACAUUCCUUUUCCAAAAAAAAAAUACUCACCGAAACAAUGUGCGGGAAUUUUUGCGACGCUUUCUCUUCCGAAUCCCAGAAAAGAGUCAAAAACUAAUAAAUUAACCCCCUAUAGUGAAAGUGUUAACCCGAAACCAAGAUGGCGGCCGAAGAAGCCUCUUCGAAAGGCGACGCGAGUUCAGUUGAGGCGUAAUAUUUUUCGAAAUGGGAUUUCGAGGAGUCGUUUUCGGGAUCCUGGGGGUAAAAUGGACUCCCGAGAGUGCAGGGGUUCCCUAGGGACAUUCCUGGAAAUCCCUAAAAAUCCCGGGGACGCAGACAAACGAGAUACGUAACGGAACGCACAACGCGCGCGAGCCGGCGCGCAUAUCAACUGCCUAACCUAACCUAAACCGAGGAGGUCGACGAAUAAUAAUUACCAUAAGCGCCGGAAGUGUAAAUCCCGCAGAGUGGUGCCACCUGUAAUUAAGCCUAACCGCAUAACUAGCCUAGACGUGAAUUACUUUCGCAAGGACGGCCUGGUCGCACUUUGACGAGGAAAGGGCAACCCUUUCGCAAAAAACGCGAAGCGGAGGCCAGAGCUUCAUCGAAGUUGCUUCCUGGAGGUUACCAGAAGAGCACCGGCCAUCUUGGGGGAUCAUUUUCCCCGGAAAUAAUGGAUUUGAAUAAUUAAUUAAGCGCCCCUUGGGGGGUCCGGAAUGCGCGAAGACGCCCGGCGCAGCUGCGGUCCGCGGAUGUCUAUCGAUGUUUCGAAUG